UCGAUGCCCCAGCCCGAAGGAAGAAAGAAAAAAAAAUCGUGCACUCAGCCCUCACUCUCUGGUCUACGCCUUGCCGCCUUUGCCCGCUGCUACCCUGCUCCGUCUCCGCCCUGUUCCACCUCGCCACUUCCCCCCGUUGCCGCCCUGCUCCCGCCAUUGCUUCGCCACCACUAGCCUGCCUGCUGCCUGCGCCGUUUUUGUUAAUAGGAAAUAAGAAUGCUUGAAGAUAAUAAGAAAAUAAUCGGUCUUUCAUGGGAACCAAAGUUACCUUCUCUUUUAUUUGGAGCAAAAAGUGGGUCCCAAAAUGUACAAGAAAGUAGUCUCGUAUAUAAGCCCGAUUCAGAGCUUAUUGAUGGACUUUUUGUUCCCCCUAAUGACCCAAAAAAAGUCAACAAGCUACUCAAGAAGCAAGUCAACGACACAACAGGAAAAAGUUGGUUUGAUAUGCCUGCUCCUACUCUCACACCUGAAUUGAAAAAAGAUCUUCAGCUGCUAAAGUUGCGAAAUGUGAUUGAUCCCAAAAGGCACUACAAGAAAGGUGACUCCAAGUUAACCACAUUCCCAAAAUAUUUUCAGGUGGGGACAGUUGUGGAGCCCACAUCAGAAUAUUUCACCUCUCGACUUACAAAGAGGGAAAGGAAAGCGACAUUAGCCGAUGAGCUAUUAUCUGAUCAAUCACUCAAAGUUUACAGGAAGCGUAAGGUGAGAGAGAUUGAAGAGAAAAGUCAACCAGGUGGAGUUGAUAAAUGGAAGAUAAAAGGUAAAAGCUCAUGGAAACGUGCAAAGCAAAGGAGGCAUUGAGUUGGGUAUCAUGGAAUUUAGGCAAAUAAUUGAAUUUAGAUUUGAGAAUGAUGUUAUAAUAUCCAUAGUUUUGAUUGGUUAUAUGAUUUGAAAAGUUGUUUCAA